UGAAAACCAAAUUUUAUCGAUAAGCAAAAAAAUAUUGCUAUAACAAAGGCUAAGUGAAUUACGGAAGGUGUGCCUUGACCGUAGCAUGCAACCUAUAAAAAUUAACUCAACUAGUUAAUUCAUUCCAUUGCUCUCAAUUAAAAACAAACAUCUAUAGGCGCAAACGACGAAAAUACCGAUACUCAGCAGGGGAGGAUUUUCUUGAAACUGGAGUUAAUACAGGUGCAUUCACAAUCGGGACAAACGCAAAUCGGUCGGUAAAUAACUUUUUAAUUUGGAUAAUAGUGUUUUAUCGAGUUAUGAAUAUUAAUAACUGUUCAAAUGACAGUUGAAACAAUGGAUAAUAGUUUGGAUGAUUUGGAUGUCUUAUUGAGAGAUAUAUAUGAGUACCUCAAAAAAAGAAAAGAAAACCCAACAUUAUCUACCGAUGAUAGACAAUUAGCUGAAAUAUUAAUCGACAGAUCAAAACAACAGUUGCAGAAAAUUGCAAUUCGCAAAAAUAAAGAGAAUGAACAUACCCAAGAUGAUCGCUAUGUGGACAUGUCGAAAAAUUCCAAUGAACCCCCACCACCUCUUCCUGUUAAAAAACCAGUACCUGCUCCACAACCAAUAAUACCACUUUUAUCUGAAACAGAGUGUCCGUAUAAAGAUUUGCCUGCUAAACAAAUAUCAAACGAAGUCAAACAUGGGACAUUAUCAAUACGUAAAAAAAUGUUCAACAUAAUUGGUUGUUCCAGUAAAGUGUAUGGAGCAAUACAAGAGAAUUGGCUGCUCAUGUACGGAUCGAGCAAAGAUGCUAAACCAUUUUGCGUACUGGAUUUAAAUAGGUACGAGGCGAAAGAAGAUGAAUCCGAUCCGACUGUGACUGAACUUGACAUCACAAGGGAUGGCGGCUUGAAAAAAACUAGCAAUAAAAUGGCGUCAUCUUUUAAAGUUUUUCAAUCGAUGUCACCUGAGAAAAAAAGCUACAGUUUUGUUGCUACCACACACAAAGACAUGUUGCAAUGGGUCGUCCAUAUUAACAGAAGCCAUGAUAAGGCUGUUAGGGAAAGCAAAGGAUUGGGUGAUCUUGUUUACGAUUAUUGUCAAAAUCCGCAGGACAAUCCUGAUGAUGAAAAUAUUUAUAACGAAAUUGAAAUGCCUCAGUUUAAACCUCUAACUAUUCCAAUAAACGAAGAACCUACUAAGAAACCUAGUAUACCACGAAGUUUACCUGAGAUCCCUACAAGUCAUUCAUCUCUUAGUUCGAAUGAGGAAAUAUAUCAAGAGUUAGGACCGAUUGAAGAAACAAUUUCACUGGGAAGUAUUAUGACUGAUGACUCAUUCGACAAAGAGGAAGAAGAAGACGAAACCUAUUAUGAGCUUGACGCAAUACGUAGCGAGGCCAAACGUUUUGAGAAAAAUGUGGAAGAUAAAGAAAAUUUGGAAAGUAAUAGUUCAGAUGCACCUCCAUCGUUGCCUAAAGAAAGUGACACAAUUCAAAUAAACAAGGAUGCUUUCGAGAUUACAGACAAUAAAAAUAUAAAAUUAGAAUCAACUUUGCCUGAAAGUACUUCAAAGCGAGAAAGUAAAAUGUCAAAUAAAUGUGUUAAUGGAAUCAGAAGUUUACAAAUUAAAAAAGAUCGCACAAACUCAGCAUCGAAAAAACCUGAUUUACCAUUAAAAAAGGAGAAUCUUAAAAUAAAUUUAUCUGCAAUUAAUACUCCCAGAAAGGUAUCAGCCAAAACUAAACUGAAUUCACCAGUAAAGGAAACUUCAACGGUAACCGUUAGGGAAUCCUCCAAUUCACAUGCCUCUUCACCAAAAGCCAAUCAUAGCAUAGUACAGAUAAUAAGACAAAGAUUUUCGACAAUGGAAUCUCAAAAUCGAAAUCUAGGAACGUUUUCGCGAAAUUCAAAAUUAGAAACGUUUCAAGCUAGUCCGUCAAGGGAUUCUGCUAUAGUUGAUGAUUUCAAGGACGUUUCUAAGCCAGAAAUUGACGAUUACUUGAGCCCCAUCAAGCCAGUGAAUAUUAAAUCCAAUAAAAAAUCAGAUAAUGAUAAUGAAAAACCCAUGGUUCUAUUAAAGCCUGAUAUUGGAGAAGAAGAUGAGUCUACUAAGAAGUUACGAAAAUCUCCUAUAUCAUCAUGUACCACAAAGAAAGUUGCCAAAAAGUUGCAAUUUUAAAAGAUUUAAACUCUACAGAAUCUUGCGUUAAUAUGUAUUUAUAUGACAUCCUAGGUUAAUAUGUAAUCAUUAUUUCAAAAUAUCAUGAUGAUUGGUCAAUGGAAUUUUUUAGAAAUUCUAGUAGGUACCUACUUGCAGUGCGGAACUUUUUACCAUGAUUAGGUAUCUUCUACGCAUUUUUUAGACCAUGGAGUAAAUUUAAAAAAAAACCUUUGUGGUAUGUUUUAUCUUAAUUUAAAUACAGAAUUUGUAUAAAAUAUAAUGAUAUCUUUAAUUUUGCAACAAAUUUUUGAAAAAAAAAAAAAAAAAAAUGAGUAAUCUAAUCAUCUCAUGUAAUAUUCUGAAUUCUUGGAACAAAUUAUGCAAUAAAUUUUUAAUUAUAUUGAGUUAUUUAAGCCUGCAUGUCUCGUCUUGUGAUAAUGGGCCAAUAUCAAAUUAAAGCCAUGUAAUUAAGUCAUGUUAUAAUGUAGAUAUCAAGUUUGGUCCUAUCCUAGGUCAGAUUUUAGAUAAAAUAAGUGUAUUGGGAUGAAAAUAUGUAAAUUAAAUAAGC